AUGGCCAGUGAAUUGAAUGCAUCCACAUGGGAUGAUACUCAGCUUCAUAUCCCAAUUCCAAAUGAAGGUCAGAUUCCUCAAGGCUGUGUAUGGGUGCCAUGCAUACCUGACUAUACCACUAAUAGUUAUAUCCCUAUUUAUAACCUAUAUUCUUUUCCUAUUUUGAACCCUUUACCUCAACCAGCAGGACCAGUAAAGACUAACAUUAAAGCAAAAAUUAGCAGAGGAGGCUUGAAAACCAAGCCUUGGAAAGAGAAUGAAGAUCAACUUCUUAAUUCAUUGAUUCACUUCAGCCUUUUAUAAUAAAAACUAAAAAAAAUGAUGCGUUAAAAUAAUUUUUUAAAAUCUGAAGUUAGAGAUUUGAUUUCCCAGUAUGGGACUAAGAAUUGGGCAUUUAUUUCGAAAAGCCUAAACGAAGCUCUUUAUGACUCUCAAUGUAUCCGAAAAGGAAAGCAUUGUAGAGAACGAUGACAUAAUCAUUUAAAUCCUGAGUUAAACAGUAAGAUUUAUUGCAGAGGGUGAAUGGAGCUACGAAGAAGAUAUCAAACUUUUGAAUUUAAAACAAAAGGUUGGUAAUAAAUGAAGUAUCAUUGCAAAAGAUCUUCCAGGUAGGACUGAAAAUGGCGUUAAAAAUAGGUGGAAUAGCUUAAUGAAGAAGGCGAAGUGCGACAGCAACUUAGCCUGCUACUCUAAUGACGUAAUUGCUUGCAAGCUGAUAGAAGAUUUCGAAAAAGAAAGAUUGAAUAAGGCAUAA